CAGGGAACAUUCUUUAGGGUUCCUCUGGUAAAGUUGUUCUGUAAUGUCCUCUAUCACCUUCUAGUUUUACAGACAAGUUCAUUAUCUAAUAGAUAUUUUGAGGAAGUUUCGGAUUAGCAUACAAUUGUUAGUGUUCAUUGAUUUCGUUUGUGAAGAGAUCCCAUUGACCAGGGUACAUGCUCUAGGAUUUCUGUUGUAAAGUUGUUUCUGUAUUGUCCACUAUGUUGCUUUUUAAUUACACAGAUGAGUUCGUUCUGUGGUACACAUUUUGAGGAAAUCAUUGGAGACCUGUAGUGUGAGCCGACGAAAAAAACAAUAACAAUGUUCUAAGACGGUUGUAUUGGAGGCUUGUGUUACACAGUUGUUUAUAUGUUUUUUAUUUUAUUCGCAUUAUGAGUUUCAAUGUCUUCAAUUUUUCCAUGUAUACCAUAAUUGUUGUUGCAUUGUAGUACGCAAAUGGAGCAGUCCCAAACGCAGUCGACGCCUUCCAAAGCUUUGCGCAAACGCGGUAGUAAACAGACGCAUCAGCAGUCCACAAACGUGCAUAAAGCAUCUUGGGACUCUGACACGGUGCGGAUUUUUUUGGAACUUGUUAUCAAAGAGUUGGACGUUGGUUUCAAGGGGAGCUUCCAUACAAUGACAAUGCAUUGAUAUCGAGCUAUAAGCAAGGGCUUUCUGGAUCGUACAAAUAAGGUGCAUGACGUCAAGCAACUGCAGAACAAGUACGUGUUGCUGAAAAAGGAUUGGCAGUCAUGGUCGAAAUUGAUGGACAGCAGGCAUGGGCCAACCGGCAUCAGUUACAAUGAAGCCACGGGUUUGAUACAAGCAUCUGACAACUGGUGGGCACAUUACGAAAAGGUUGACAAGAAUGCAAUCAAGUUCAAAACAAAACCGUUGGAGCACAUGGACCUCAUGCGAAGGGUGUACGAGGGCGCUACAACAACCGGAAAAUAUACAUGGACACCAGGUGCAGCGUUCGAACCUGUGGCACCCGAUGACGGUACUUCGCAGGCGCCUGACGAAGACUGCGAGGACAGCAGCGGGCUGCCCCCUUUCCAGCCUGCCGCGCAGCAUGAACACACUGUGCAGCACACUGUUGCGCAAGAGGAUGGCACGCCGGCAACCAUGCAUGCUGCGUCGUCGGGAAUUAACGCUGACGACACACCAACUAGUGGCAUGAACAAACGCAAAUCGCCAGGCCCAACACACCCACAGCGGAAAAGAGGGCAGAGUGAGGGAGCUUCUCUGUUGGCGAGUAGUAUGGAAAACCUUGCAUCCUCCGUGAAAUUACAACGACGACAAAUCCGCGUCUCACAUGAUUACGCAAAUUCGGCACAACACCUAAUUCAGAAGUGUAUGACACGAUUGCAUUCGCUGGAAGGGCUGGAUCCGCAAGACCCGCCAGUUCCUUUUGCUCAAUCGGUACUUGACAACCCUGCAAAUCCAGCCAUAAUGAUGUCGAUUCCUACAGACACGGCUGUCACUACUUGGUUGCGAACGAAGAAGUCCCGUGAGCAAUGCAUUGGUGGCCCAUCAGUAGCAAAUCCCGAAAUGGGUGGUGGCUGGUUCUGAGAUUUCCCAGCAAAUAAUUUGUGUUUCCUUAUUAAUGUUUGUGUGUUGCUUCUUUAUUAAUGUUUGGGUGGUGGCUGGUAAUGAAUAUUGACGUAAUGUUUCUUAUGUAAUGUUUGUGUGUUGCCUUUUGUUUUUCUCCCCCUUGGAACAAACAGUUGGGCAAAUAUCCUUCUUCCCAAAACGAUGGCAUUGUUGGUCGAAUUUUUCGGACAUUAACAGUUGAUAAUAUUUGUGUGAUGAUGUUGAUGUUGUAUUAUAUGCUUGUUGCUGCCAAAUAGGUUUAUUAUCAUUUCUUUUUGAUGAAACAUAAAUACAUUAUCUAUAGACCAUUUUGGAUGAGUUCAUUUUUGGUCACUUCAGUGAUGGUGAUGACAAAUACAUUCUAUCGGCCCUUUUGGAUGAGUUCGUUUUUGGUGGUUCAGACCAUUGUCAAUCUCAUCCAUCUAUAAUUUGUUAAAUUAAUAACAAAAAUUUUAAAAUCAAUCAGAUAUAAUUUUAUCACACGAGGUGAGAUUCACCUUCACCUUUCUUGCUAGAGAGUUGUAAAGUUCGUAUUAAAAUCUAUCAUAUUACAAAGUGAAAAAGUAAAAUUUUAAAUCUCAGUUAAAAUUAUUCAAAUCAAAUACAUAAUGUAAUGGUUUGAAAUUGUGAAAACGUAAUAUUUGAGAUCUCAAUCAAAAUUAAUCAAAUCAAAUAUAAUAUACUGGUUUCAAAUCAAUUUGAGUAAUUUUUUUAUUCCUUUUGAUUAGGCGAGGAAACAACCUCCAUAAACACAAGUCACUAGUUUUGGUAGGAAGUGCACGAAAUUAGUUGAUUACACAUCAGGUUACUUUUUUAAAAAAUUAAAUUAAAAUAACGAAAAGUUUUAUACAUAUUAAUAAUUAAAUUUAUAAUUUUUAGGGUCGUCCCGAA